AUAAAGAAUAUGCCUUUGUCACAAAACCCAAUGAGAUACGGCCACACAGAAGGUCACACAGAUGUGUGCUUUGAUGACAUUGGGAGCUGCAUUGUAACUUGCGGCAGUGAUGGAGAUGUCAGGAUUUGGGAAGGUCUGGAUGACAAUGACCCCAAGUCAAUUAACGUGGGAGAAAAGGCCUACUCGUUUGCUCUCAAGAAUGGAAAAUUGAUUACGGCAGUCUCUAACAAUACUGUCCAGAUCCAUACAUUCCCAGAGGGUGCUCCAGAUGGUAUCCUGACACGCUUCACAAUGAAUGCAAACCAUGUAGUUUUCAGUGCUGAUGGGACCAAAGUAGCUGCUGGAUCCAGUGACUUCCUGGUGAAGAUUGUGGAAGUAACUGACAGCAGCCAGCAAAAGACAUUUCGAGGACAUGACGCGCCUGUUUUAAGUGUGUCAUUCGACCCAAAGAACACUUUUCUGGCAUCAGCAAGCUGUGACGGGUCGGUCAGAGUGUGGAAAAUUUCAGAGCAGAGUUGUGAGACAAACUGGCCAUUGCUGCAGAAGUGUAAUGAUGUGGUGAAUGCAAAAACAAUAUGUAGACACGCAUGGCAACCCAAAACAGGAAAGUUGCUUGCUGUUCCAGUAGAGAAAGUGGUUAAACUAUACAGACGAGAAACCUGGGAUCAUCAACUAGAUCUGUUGGAUGAGUCCGUCACACAGCCCUUCAAUGUUGUAGCCUGGUCUCCGUGUGGACAGUAUCUGGCAGCAGGAAGUGUUGGUGGCUGGAUAGUCAUUUGGAAUGUGGACACCCAGGAGUGCUUGGAGAGGGUGAAGCAUGACAAAGGUUAUACCAUCUGUGGUCUGGCUUGGCACCCAAAAGACAGGCAGGUUGCUUAUACGGACAUGGAAGGCAAUCUGGGACUACUUGAGAAUGUCUGUGAUGUAGAUGGAAAGAAAUCAAACUGCAAGGCAUCUGCUCCUGGUGUCAAAGAUUACGACGAACUUUUUGAUGAGGAUGGCACCGAGGACUUCCUGAACGGAGACUUGGUUGGGGACGACUGGGGUUCCAAAGCAGCGAGGAACGAUGAAGAUGACGACGAUGACGACCCCAUGAUGGCAUCGGGCCGUCCCAGGAACCGAGGGGCAAUAAUAGAGGAUGAUGAGAACUCCCUAGAUACUGGAUUGCUGAAAGCUAACUCUGCCCUUGAUAAGGAGGAACAAGAGGAUGACCAGGAAAGCCUUGCCCCGCUGCUGCCACUGUCAUCAACCCAGAGGCCUUUCUACGAUGGGCCAGUGCCAACUCCUCGGCAAAAGCCCUUCCAGACUGGCUCCACUCCGGUUCAUCUCACUCACCGCUUCAUGGUGUGGAACUCUAUUGGUAUUAUUCGCUGCUAUAAUGAUGAGCAGGACAAUGCCAUUGAUGUGGAAUUCCAUGACACGGCCAUCCAUCACGCAAUUCACUUGCCAAAUUCUUUGAAUCACACAAUGGCAGACCUUUCCAGUGAAGCUAUUUUGCUAGCCUGCGAGAGCACAGAGGAGCUAGCGAGCAAGCUUCACUGCAUACAUUUUAACUCUUGGGAUUCCAACAAGGAGUGGACAGUUGACAUGCUGCGGAAUGAAGAGAUUGAAGCGGUUUGUUUGGGUCAGGGCUGGGCCGCGUGUGCCACAAGCACCCUUCUCCUCCGCCUUUUCACGAAUGGGGGAGUUCAGAAAGACAUCUUCAGCCUCCCUGGCCCUGUGGUGUCCAUGGCGGGACACGGAGAGCAGUUGUUGGUGGCUUUUCACAAAGGUACUGGCUUUGAAGGAGAUCAGUGUCUUGGGGUGCAGCUGCUAGAGCUGGGAAGGAAGAAGAGGCAGCUUUUGCAUGGUGACCCACUUCCUCUUUCCAGGAAAUCCUAUCUCACAUGGCUAGGAUUCUCAGCAGAAGGUACCCCUUGUUACGCGGAUUCAGAGGGCGUCGUGCGCAUGCUGAACCGAGGACUUGGUAAUACCUGGACCCCAGUCUGUGACACAAGGGAGCACUGUAAAGGGAAGUCAGAUCACUACUGGAUUGUGGGCAUUCAUGAAAACCCACAGCAGCUCAGAUGCAUCCCUUGUAAAGGAGCCCGUUUCCCCCCUACGCUUCCCCGUCCUGCAGUAGCAGUGCUGCCAUUCAAGCUUCCUUUUUGUCAGACAGCAACAGAUAAGGGCCAGAUGGAGGAGCAAUUUUGGCGCUCUGUCUUGUUUCACCGCUACCUGGACUACUUAUCCCAAAAUGGAUAUGAACACGAUGAAAGUGUGAAAAGCCAGGCAACCCAAGAACAGCAGAAUCUCUUGAUGAAAAUGUUUGCACUUUCCUGUACCCUAGAACGCGAGUUUCGCUGCAUGGAGCUUGCUGAGCUUAUGACUCAGAAUGCCAGGAGCUUAGCUAUCAAGUACGCCUCUCGCUCUCGAAGGCUGAAUCUCGCCCAGCGGCUCAGUGAACUGGCAGCAGAGAGAGCAGCAGAGUUGGCAGCUGCUGAAGAGCACGGCAUGCAAGAGGAGGAGGAGGAGGAGGAUUUCCGAAACCAUCUGAACGCUGGUUACAGUAGCACCCCCACAGAAUGGGGUCAGGCCCAGAUCAGAAACCUUCAACGUCAGCAAAGUGUGGAGACCCACGAGGAAGAGAAGGAGGAGGAGGAGGAGGAGGAAGGCACAUCUGAAGUGACAAAACCUAUAACCAAAGCUGCAGUUGUGUCCAGCAGUCAAAAGCGAGUCAAUCCCUUCAAGGUAUCCAGUAGCCAAAAGGAUCAACUGGUUCAACUGGCUAAUAUCAUAGACAACAUUACCAAACAGGGCAAGAAAAAUUCCAUGCCAAACAGCCGAGUUGCUCCAAACAAGAAGAGUCCAGUUAUAAAACCACUGGUUCCUAAGCCGAAGUCAAAGCAGGCUGCAGCAGCUGCAUUUUUCCAACCCCGAACACCUAGUACUGAAAAGAAGAACUUGGAGGAGAGAGGAGGGAGAGCUGAAGCACCCCCACCUGAACCACCUCAGACUCUGACUGAGAGCAGUGACAAUAAAAGGCCAAAGACCGGAUUCCAGAUGUGGCUAGAAGAGAACAGAAGCUGCAUUGGGGCAGAUAAUCCUCAUUUUGAAGAAACAGAGAUAAUAAAAGAAGGCAUGAGUCGAUUCAGAAACCUGUCUGCUGAAGAGAGGAUGGUUUGGACCGAAAAAGCCAAAGGAAAAGAAGCUGGCGAUUCCUCGGAAGCGAAAAAGCGGAAGCGCUUGGAAGGUCUUAACAGUGAUGGGCAAGAAAGCCAAGGGAAAAAAUCAAAGGAGGACACAAGCUCGGUCACAAAACCCAGUUCCAUUGAACAGUCUGCCAUCGCAAAGCUAUCAGCAUUUGCCUUCAAGCAGAGAUAAACCAGCCUGUGCUCUCCUAAAGGGUACCUUGUGGGCUAACUUUAACCUGUUGUUUGAACCAGCCUCCAAACAGGUGUUGCCCUUUUUUAUGUUGUGCCACACAUUUAGU